GCCCGACUUCCUUCUGGAUCAUCUCUUAAGAAGCAAGCACUGGAUCUCAACGAAUAUUUGUAUGGUUACUGCUUGUGAGGUUAAAACUGCAUGCUUUGAUGAACUACCGUCUAUGCACAAGCAAGCUUUUCUCCCUCCUGCACCGAAAUUAUCUCUAUACUGAACCUGGCGUUUCCAGUGACGUUCCCGAACAUGCAAGCUAUACUUGAAGCGGUCCCUUCGCGUUAUCGUGGUCCUGGUGGAGCGGUUGCCAUCAUUAAGGAUGGUGAACUGGCUGGAAAACUUACCUGGGGAUAUGCGGAUUUGCGGAAGCGAAUCCCCAUGACCUCCUCAACGCUGAUGCCAAUCUGCUCGAUUACGAAGCAGAUGUUGUGUUUGAUUCUCAAGGAUCUGGAGCGCAACCCCACACCAGCGAUGGUGGAGCGAGGCAAUAUCCCCCAACAGCUGUCGGAUGCCUUUCGCCAAUUGGUCUCUCCCGAACUCAUCGACAGCAACGGUCUUCGAAUCGACCACCUCUGCAACAAUCAAUCGGGUAUUCGAGAUUAUUGGGCCAUGUCGAUGUUUUGGGGCACACAACCAGAAGGGGAAUUCAGUUUGGCGGGAGACGCCAAGAAAGCGCUUGACAGGACCAAGUCCCUCCAUUUCCAACCAGGCACACAAUUCUCUUACUGUAAUCUCAACUUCCAUAUCCUUGCUCGCAUCGUCGAGCAGGUUAGUGGAGCGUCUCUCGGCAAACUGCUCUCGGAACGACUCUUCUUGCCCGCUGGGAUGAAAACCGCAUUCCUCUGCGCAGAUAACGCUGAGUUGCCUGCGCCAUGCGUGGGAUACGAAGGCAACGAAUCCUUUGGCUAUAUACCGGCCGUCAACCGGACUCAGUGGUCUGGUGACGCCGGCGUCGUGGCUAGCCUGGAGGAUAUGAUUGCGUACGAAUGUUAUCUGGACCAGGCGUGGGCCGAUCGGGGGAGUGUGUAUCGAGAAAUCGCGAAAGAACCGUCAUUCGAUGAUGGUACACCAGCCGCGUAUGGAUAUGGCUUAGAACAUAUAAUGUUCGGACAAACUACGACCAUCGGCCAUGGCGGGGCCAUUCGUGGAUAUCGCCUUCACCGGACCCAAGUACCGUCAGAACGAUUAGCCGUUGUGGUUAUGCUAAAUCAUGAGAUAGAUGCCGCAGAGGUAGCUGGGCAUAUCCUUCAGGAAGCUCACAGUCUCCCUGCACAGCAUGGUCUGCUUUCCAUGCCGGUCGCAAACUGGGUGGGGUUUUACUUUGACCCGGAUGCACAAUUGGUAGUUGAAGUUCGCCUUGGUGGACCAGGAGAAGUCAUUCUCACCUAUACGGGUGACGAGGAGACACUGAAGCUCACGGAGAGAUGUGAGGCCCGGUCGGACUUGGCAACUGCCACGCUGUGUUCCGAUACCCUCCUACUCCACCGCAAAUACGAUAACCGUCAUAUUCAGGCUAAACGGAUUACUGCGGGUCAACAGCCGACCAAGGGGGACUAUGUGGGCCAAUACCACUGUGCUGAAGUCGGCUCUAUAUUCCAGUGCAGCGGAGACGGUGGCAUGCUAUACGGAUCGUUUAAGGGGUUCCUAGGCCACGGACCGGCUGAGCUAAUGCGAUACUUGGGAGAUGACAUAUGGUUUCUCGCAUGUGCACGAGGCUUGGAUGCGCCAGCGCCGGGGAACUGGACAGUUGUAUUUCAACGGGAUGUACAGGGCGAGGUUGUCGGUGUUACGUUCGGGUGUUGGCUAGCGAGAAAGGUCACCUUUGUGAAGGACAGAACCCCCUAGAAAUUGGAUUAGAACUAGGGAUGCAUAGCUUCAUGAGGGGAGGAGGAACAUCGUGGUGAACAUUCCACGGACACUUGCAUUCUUGGAAAACAUUAUGUAGCUUGGAGCCUCAUUAUUAUGGACAGGCCCUCAAAUUCCAGAGUGGGCUGACGAACAGCGUGAUAAAGGUAUAAAGCUUGAGACCAUAGUACAGUUGCCCUCGUUCAAAGUGACGGCUACUGACAGAGAUCCAAACCUAACAUGACUCUUAUUGGAGCAAGACUACUAAACCAAAGAAACCGUAUCCAGCAAGAUGUGAAUGUAUUCGAUACAGAAGCGAAGAAGCAUGCCUUCCACGGUAAACAAGCGAAGAGCAAGAAAUUCGAAAAUUUUCAAGCCCUACCCAACUUCGCACAUAGAAAUCCGCCGAGAGAAGUUUCAUUAGAAAGAGACCCGCCGGCAUUGGACUGCAGACUCAUCACAGCGCGGGGAAAGAAAGUCCGCUUCCCACGCACAAAGAACGCGCAAAAUUUUACUGUCGCCACGGAGGAG